ACUGCUUCAUCGCUAUACCAUUGUUGUGUUGAUGAUGUUCGCCUGGGCCGUCCAUUAUACCUCCGGGGCCAUCCAGGAAUGGACUCCCUUCCUGCUGGUGGCCAGCUACUUUGUCUUCUCGACCUGCGUGUACAUGCUGGCCGACACCUUCAUCCUGGGCGUCUUCUGGUUCAUCUACCUGGUCACCAACACGUACAUUGCCGCGACCACUGUUCUCGAGGCGUUUCUGUCGCUGACGGCCGUCCAUGACAGCCGCAAAGCGGUCGAGAAGCUGGCAGCAAAGGAAUGGACGUUUCCCACUCCCGACGCAGACCUCCCCGUGUUUGAUCUGAUUAUUGUUGCCUAUCUGCCCAACGAGCAGGACAUCAUCCUCUCGCGCAUCCACUAUCUGCUGCAUCAGAUCGUGUAUCCCGCAGACAAACUGCGCGUGAACGUCAUCUACAACACGCCCGUGCCCAUCGAGCCCGUCGAGCAGACCAUGGCCGAUCUGGCGGCGAAACACGACAACCUGCGCGUCAUCAAGGUGCCCUGCUCGACCUCCAAGGCCGACAACAUCAACUACUACUGCCGCCAGGUCGAGACCGAAGCCGACGUCACGGCCAUCUUCGACUGCGAUCAUUACCCGCAUCCGUAUGGGCCCCGGUGGGCCAUCGAGCGGCUGAUGGACCGCAAGGUCGACAUCGUCCAGGGGCGGUGCAUCAUCUUGAACGCAAACGAGAAUCUGCUGACGGCGACCAUCGCGCUGGAGUUCGACAAGAUCUACGCCGUCUCGCAUCCGGGGCGGGCGUCCAUGUUCGGCUUCGGGCUCUUCUGCGGCUCGAAUGGCUACUGGCGCACCUCGCUCUUGAAACGCCUCCAGAUGGACGACUCGAUGUUGACCGAGGAUAUCGAUUCCGCCCUGCGGGCGUUUGGCGACGGCGCAAACGCCGUGCACGAGCUCAACGCCAUCUCGUACGAGCUGGCGCCCGUCUCCGUCUCGGCCUUUUGGAAACAGCGCCUUCGCUGGGCCCAGGGUUGGCUGCAGGCCAGUAUCCGUCAUGUCCGCCUCGUCUGGGAGAGAGCGCCGCCCAAACCGCGCAGUCUCAAGCAGCGGUUCGGCAUCCUCUCCUUGCUCGUCAUUCGCGAAUGGAGCUACUACCUGCUGACCCAGUAUCUCUGUCUUGUGCUGAGUAUCAUCUUCAAGAGUUUUCCGGUGACGGGAGAGGAAUGGUUGCGGAUUCUCUUCUUUCAGUAUCCCGUUGCCUGGUGGUUGUUCUUCUUCAGUGUCAUCUCUCUCCUGGCAACACUGUACAUCACCGUCGCUGUGCGCUCGGAAUUCGUGCAGUGGUGGAUGAUGGGAGUGUUUGUGUGCUCGUAUCCCCUGCAGCUGGUUCUGAUGGCGGUCAUUGGGCUGUUUGGACAUGCCAGAGAAGUGGCCAAGUAUGUGAAAUGGAAUCCGACGCCGAGGAAUUAACCUACUCUUCUAUCUAUACCUAUCUAUACCUAUCUAUCUAUACCCUACCUAGUAACUACUAUAACCCUACCUACUACUCUCUAACUAUACUCUAAUACCAUGUAACAACCCUAC